AUGGAACCUCCAAUUCCGAAGCAGGUGAAGCAUGAGAUGGAGAUGUUCGGUGACGUCAGGAUCGACAAUUACUAUUGGCUUCGCGAUGAUUCUCGCUCCGACCCUCUAAUCUUGGCCCAUCUCCAACAAGAAAAUGCUUAUACCCACCAUCUCAUGUCUGGAACCAAACUAUUAGAAGAUCAAAUUUAUUGUGAGAUUAGGGGUCGUCUGAAAGAAGAUGACAUAACUGCACCUUUGCACCGAGGAACUUACUAUUAUUACCAAAGAACCUUGAAGGGCAAAGAAUAUGUCCAACAUUGCCGCUGUCUUGUGCCUAAUGUUGGUGAACAGGCAUCUGUUUAUGAGACAAUGCCAACUGGGCCUGAUGCCCCUCAAGAGCACGUCAUUCUCGAUGAAAAUAACGAAGCUCAAGGACAUGCAUUUUACAGCAUUGGUGCUUUCAAAGUUAGUCCGAAUAACAAAUUGGUAGCUUAUGCCGAAGACACUCGAGGUGAUGAAAUUUACACUGUUCACGUAAUUGAUGCUGAGUCUCAAACACGUAUUGGCAAGCCUUUGGUUGGGGUUACAACAGACCUUGACUGGGCUGGUGACAAUGCUUUAGUUUAUACCACCAGAGAUGAGAUUCUCCGGCCAGAUAAGGUGUGGUUGCAUAAGCUGGAUAGCGAGCAAUCUUUAGAUUCUUGUCUAUAUCAUGAAAAGGAUGACAUGUUUUCUCUUGAUCUUGUUGCUUCUGAGAGCAAGAAGUUUUUGUUUGUUGAGUCUGAGAGCAAAAUUACAAGAUUUGUCUUUUUCCUUGACGUUUCAAAAUUUGAAAAUGGGCUAAUUGUUUUGACACCACGACUGGAUGGGAUAGACACGUCAGCAAGUCAUCGUGGAUAUCACUUUUUUAUUAAACGAAGAAGUGAUCAGUGUUUUAACUCGGAAAUUAUUGCUUGCCCAUUGGAUAAUAUAUCGAAUACCAAAGUUCUUCUUCCUCACCGACCAAGUGUAUGUAUUCAGGAAAUGCAACUGUUUAGCGAUCAUCUUGUGGUUUAUGAACGAGAAAAUGGUUUGCCCAAGAUAUCAAUAUAUUGCCUUCCACCUAUUGGAGAGCCACUUGACACACUUCGAGGUGGUCGGACUGUGGAUUUCAUUGAUCCGGUAUAUUCAGUGGAUUCAUCAGAAUCGCAAUUCUAUUCCAGUAUUUUGAGAUUUUGUUAUAGCUCAAUGAGGACACCUUCUUCUGUAUAUGAUUAUGAUAUGAAUUCUGGGACCUUAGUUCUCAAGAAGAUUGAUGCGGUAUUGGGAGGCUUUGAUUCUGCUAAUUACAUAACCCAACGGUUGUGGGCUACUGCUACAGAUGGCACUCAAUUACCCAUUUCUGUUGUAUAUAGAAAAGAUUUAGUGAAGCUUGAUGGUUCAGAUCCACUACUCCUUUACGGUUAUGGUUCAUAUGAGAUAUGUGUAGAUCCAUAUUUCAAGGCAUCAAGAUUGUCUUUGUUAGACAGGGGUUUCAUUUUCGCAGUUGCUCACAUUCGUGGAGGUGGUGAAAUGGGGAGACCAUGGUAUGAAAAUGGAAAGCUGCUGAAGAAAAAAAAUACAUUUACAGAUUUUAUUGCCUGCUCUGAAUAUUUGAUAGGAAAGAAGUAUUGUUCCACGGAAAAGCUUUGCAUCGAGGGGAGAAGUGCUGGUGGUUUGCUAAUUGGUGCUGUUAUUAACAUGCGGCCUGAUUUGUUUAAGGCUGCUGUUGCUGGAGUACCUUUCGUAGAUGUUUUGACUACUAUGCUUGAUCCAACUAUUCCUCUGACAACAUCAGAGUGGGAGGAAUGGGGUGAUCCUCGCAAAGAAGAGUUUUACUUUUAUAUGAAGUCUUAUUCCCCAGUUGAUAAUAUCGCGGCACAAAAAUAUCCUGCUAUUCUUGUAACCGCAGGACUAAAUGAUACACGGGUCAUGUACUCUGAAGCAGCCAAAUUUGUUGCAAAGUUGAGAGAGAUGAAGACUGAUGAUAAUAUGCUGCUCUUUAGAUGUGACCUUGGUGCUGGGCAUUUUUCAAAAUCUGGACGGUAA